UGUUUGUGAAGUCAACAGUCGGCGGGGGCGUGUCACUGACAGCCAGUGUUACAGACUUGACGUGAACCUGCUAACAACAAAAGCCCUUGGCAUUAUAAUAAAGUGACUUGGGAAUUUUUUUUUUCACAGGUUCAGAAAUGUCCUUGAGGGAGCUAUGAUCUUCGUAAAGUGGAUAACAUCAUGAAAUCUUCCACAGGAUCCUUUUGGAUAAAUGAAGAUAUAAACUUCAUCAGAGUGAAAAAGCCAAGUUCACAUUUUACAAAGGUCGUCCACCUGCUCCUUCUAUUCACAGGUCUUUCUUCCUGUAAUGAGACCUCCACAUCACCACCUCAUGUGACAAGCGCUCAGACUUCAGUGUACUACUUAUUGGAUAUCGCUAUUGAUGUGACGGGGCCUGCAAAGAAUGAAUCAGAAAUUACAUCCUGGUUCCAGGAGGUGUUCCAAAACACUUUGGGGAGCUGUGUGUCUUCGCACGCUGAAUACACGACAACUUUCCCACUUCUGGUGCAACAGACAUCUGCAAACUCUUCACUCGGGACAACAAAUGGGACUCAAAGCAACAUUGCAAUCACAGCGAGCACGUUACCAAGUGACAACACGACGCUGGCAUUUCAAAACACAAAUACUGCAACGACUACAUUUCAAAACUCUGAAACAGCAACAGCACUACAAACGUUUGGCACGACUACAACUAUUAUGUUUCAAAACCCCAACAAAACUGGAGCUAAUAAUACUGCAGAACGUCCCAAUAACACUGCAGCUAAGAACGCGACCAAUAACGCAGGCAAAAAGGUGGAAAAAACAAUUCCCAACUCAAAAAAUGCACGUUUUAUUCGAACAGCCGUCCUUAGCAGUAAAUCAAGUGGCAUAUUUCAGGGACUUGAAGUUUCGUGUGCAGAGAAGACCAAAAUAAGAAAGACCAACUGCUUGGCGAUUCUGGCGCUGAGGCAGAACGUGUCGCCGUGUUGCAUCCUGAAAACAAUCUGCACAGCCAAUCAAAAUUCCUCCCAAAUCCACGCAACGGGAAAAAGAGCCAAUCGUCAGAGUCCCCCAAAUGAAAACUGCAACAGUGAUCACAUGGAUGAAAAUAUCUGUAUUUAUGAAAAAGAAUCAAACAAUUCCAAAUGUGACGAUUCAGCGUUUGGCGCAGCUCCAUGUGGUCCAGAAAAGAAUAAAAACUGCAGCUGCGCAGCUUUCUGCAAUGCAACUGAUGCAUAUUACACUUUUGAAAUUUCAAUACAAGACCCUGAAAUGAACGGCUCCUAUGUUCUGUUACUGAUGACACAGCUGAACCAGAGUUGCUCUCCCACAACAAAUGAGUCAUGCUCUUUUCCCACAAUUGCUUCUGAAUACAAGAAUGCCACUGUGGAAUGUAGUCCAGCCGGAACAAACUCUCAAAGUUGCAAUGUGUUUUUACACCUGGCCGAAGCGGUUCCCGUCUGUAACGUGUCCGCAGCCAUAACGACUGUGUUUCAAUCUGAGAAAAAUAUAACGUUUGACGGACGAACGACCAGAGCAGCUAUCUGUGGCCAUCCAAAAUUUAGUGACAAUUUGUUGGAUUCUCAGUUCACAUGGACGAACACCACCUAUCAGCAUGCAGAUGUUUGUCCGGCAGAGGAAGGCUCUCCCUUUCUACUCACCACUCAGAACUGUCAACCAGGAAAAAACAUGGUGGUGCCGUUAAAGGAGCAGUGUGUUCCAAUUGUGUCGAGCACAGCUGGCCCCAAUGUGACCGUCUCCAGUAAUACGGCAUCAUCCCCGGAUGUCACCACCGUCUCAUCUAAUGAGAGCCGAGCCAACGCUCUUCUUGAGCUGACCGCUAAUGUGUCCAGACUUAACUCCAGUCAGGUGGAGCAGCUUGUGUCCCAGUUGGAGGAUCUGUUGUCGGGGCCUAAUAUCAGCGUGGCUCUGGCUAACAUAACCAUCUACAUCGUCAGUAACCUGCUGGACGCCUCCGCUGAAACACUGGCUAGCUCCUCUGACAGAAUUAUAGGGCUCGUUGAUACAGUGGGCCUCAAAUUGGUGCUUGAAGAAGCAACGGAGACUCUCUUGUCGCCAGCUUUAGCUCUGUCUGUCAAAGCGGUGGAUGGAAAUGAUUUUCAACAAGUGCUCUUCUCCAUCUCUGAUCCGAACAACGCACAGGUCCGAGCGGAUCGCAGGUUUCAAAGGAGUGAGAGGAACAACUCGUCCAUCCCUCAAGGCUCCAUCACGCUGCCUCCCUCACUCACACAGAACCUCACCUCGGAGGAGCAGCAGAUGGCCUCCAGAGUCCACUUCAACUUUUACCAGAAAAGCACCCUAUUUCAGGACAGCUCUUUAGGAACACGACGACUUAACAGUGGGAUUCUGGGAGCGAGUUUGGCAAACUUGACAGUCACCGGACUCGAGGAGGAAAUUGUGAUUAGUCUCAGGAACCUGGAGUCCAUUCCUGCUAAUUAUGUGGCUACAUGCGUCUUCUGGGACUUUGCAUUAAAUGGCCAAUCCGGUGGCUGGAACACAAACGGCUGUACCGUCCGCAACAGCACAGACGACGUGACAGUUUGCGGCUGCAACCAUCUCACCAGUUUCUCGAUCCUGCUGGACCUCGCCAGGCAGCCUCUAACCAGUCGAGUAAACGCCACCGUUUUGAGCUUCAUCACAUAUAUUGGUUGUGGGAUCUCUGCCAUCUUCUUGUCCUUGACGCUCCUCACGUACUUAGCCUUCGGCAAACUACGCAAGGACAUCCCCUCCAAAAUCCUGAUCCAGCUGUGCGUGGCUCUGCUGUUGCUCAACCUGGUCUUCCUGGUGGAUGCUUGGCUGGCCCUCUACCCAGACGCCGCGGGCCUCUGCAUCUCCACCGCCUGGUUCCUCCACUACUUCCUGCUGGCAGCCUUCACCUGGAUGGGCCUGGAGGGGGUGCACCUGUACCUCGGCCUCGUCAAGGUUUUCAACACGCACGUCCCGCGCUACAUCCUCUGGUUCUCGCUGGCGGGCUGGGGCGCUCCCGUCAUUGUGGUCAUUAUUGUCAUAGCCGUCGACAAGGACAACUACGGACUGGUGUCCUACGGGAGGUUUUCUGACGGCACAAGUGAUGACUUCUGCUGGCUAAAAAAUGACAUCGCAUUCUACGUGGCAGUGGUGGGCUACUUCUGCGUCAUCUUCUUGUUCAACUUCAUCAUUUUGGUGGUGGUGCUGGUCCAGCUGCAAAAGAUGAAGAAGCAGAACCCGCACAACUCGCAGCACCGCACCACGGGACAGGACGUGCGCAGUGUGGUGGGCUUAACCAUCCUGCUCGGCCUCAGCUGGGGCUUCGCCUUUUUCGCCUGGGGGCCUGUCAACCUGCCGUUCAUGUACCUCUUUGCCAUCUGUAACGCCUUCCAAGGUUUAUACAUAUUUGUGUUCCAUUGUGCGGUGAAGGAAACGGUCAGGAGACAGUGGCAGACAUACCUUUGUUUCGGAAAAAUGAGGAUGGCUGAGAACUCAGAAAGGAGUCGCACAGCAACCCAGAAGAUAAUGAAGAGAGCUUCAGUAACCAGACCAUCAUCGCGGUCCAACACCUCGUCCAGCUCGACGUCUUUCCUCAGUCGUAACUCAGAGCAGAUUCAUGGCAUAGGAAAUCCCUUGGAUGACAGAAUCAUCACCAUUGACGAGGAACCUAGCGUGGACGUUAUCCUUAACGAAUGAAAUAGGUAGCACAGAAACCAUUGCAUUCAUCUUCUUUGCAUUAUUUAUACUGAACUACCCCCACUGUGGAUUGUUUUAAGUCACGCCUUACGGCCCACUUUUAUUCCCUGGCUUUUAACACCGUGUGAGUUGUGUGGUACUUGUGUCUUAAUUUAUUGAUAUUUGUUUUGUCAUGGUUUUACUUAUUUAUUUACUCUUAAUUUGAUUUAGUCCUUUUGUGUCCAUGUUUUUCUCAUGUUGUGCAGGACUUUGGAGAUGUCUGUUUUAAAUAAUAAAUAAAUAAUUUGAUUAUUUUUACAA